CCUUCCGUGCUGUGUUUCGUGGAUCGGCGCUUCCGUUUCCGGCGGUGCGAGUGGAGGUUCGUGGCAGGUCAAUGGCGGCUGGUGGCAGCGAUCCGCGGGCUGGUGAUGUAGAGGAGGAUGCCUCACAACUCAUUUUUCCCAAAGAGUUUGAAACAGCUGAGACACUUCUAAAUUCAGAAGUUCACAUGCUUCUGGAGCAUCGAAAGCAACAGAAUGAGAGUGCAGAGGAUGAACAGGAACUUUCUGAGGUCUUCAUGAAAACUUUAAACUACACAGCCCGUUUCAGUCGUUUCAAAAACAGAGAAACCAUUGCCAGUGUACGUAGCUUGCUGCUCCAGAAGAAGCUUCAUAAGUUUGAGUUGGCCUGUUUGGCCAACCUUUGUCCAGAGACUGCUGAGGAGUCCAAGGCUCUGAUUCCAAGCCUGGAGGGCCGGUUUGAAGAUGAGGAGCUACAGCAGAUUCUUGAUGAUAUCCAGACCAAGCGCAGCUUUCAGUAUUAAUCUCCAGAUAUCCCUGCUGCUGGGGGAGCCACAGGACAUCUGUGACAGGGUCUGGGACUGGCUGGCACAAUUCUAUUGCAGAAGACACUUGGGCUUCCUUUGGUUAGAACAACCCAGAACUUGGUCUUGGUUGAGGACCAGGCUCUUUCACACUUGACUGUUGGACCAUGAUAACCACUGUAACCCUGGGAGGCUUUGCAGUGGCUGCCUGAGCUAAUUGACUACUGACUGCUUCAUAUCAUGGUUUUUGGCCCUUUUGUUUUGUUUUUUGAUUUGUAACAUUUUAUGUUUAAUUUCAGUGUGUUUAUAACUUUUGAAACUAUAGUAGAACAUAUAAAACUGGUAUGGGAAACAGUCUUACCUAAAUGCAAAAGGAGAAAUUAAACCAGACCUAUAUCAUUGUUUGAAAUUCUUAAAGAAAGGAUGCUGGAGCCUUGGCAUCAUUGUACUUAACUCAGGAGACAGGGAGAGGCUAUAGGAAAAAGAGUCAUACCUAAGGAUAAUUGCUGAGUGUUGUGGCUUAAGAUGGACGUGUACUGUGUUUUUUUCCUGGAUUGUUUUGGAACAUAGAUUUGGAGUAAGAAGUCUUACUUUGUCACUCGCAAAUUCAGAUUUUUCCUUCCUUGGCCAGAUGUGAAAGAGAACACUUCAUAGUGUCCUCAUAUGGGCCAUCAGGUUCAAACCUCUGGUUUCGUGCUUAGCAGCAGGCUUUCUAUGAUGAGAGUAGCUUGAAAGGGGGGAGCAUGCCACUUCCUGAGCCACUACAAUGACAUCCCUCCAUCUGAGGCUGGUUGGGGGAAGAACACUUUAGUAGCUGAGCAUCGUGGCUCUGAAUUUUCUGAAGGGAAAUAUGCCUCUAUUCUUCACAGUUUGGGGAUUUCUCUUUGAGGCACUUGUUGGCUCCAAGUGAAUUCAUGAUCCAUGGAAAAAGUUGGGGAAAGAACAAAGUUGGCUUUUAAAGUCAAAGUAGAGGUUCCUGUUGUGGCUCAGCAGUAACAAACCUUCCUAGUAUCCAUGAGGACACAGGUUCGAUCCCUGGCCUUGCUCAGUGGGUUAAAGGUCCAGCAUUGUUGUGGCUGUGGUAUAGGCCGGCAACUGCAAUUCCAAUUCAACCCCUAGCCUGAGAACUUUUCUUAUGCUUCCGGUUUGGCCCUAAAAAGAAAAAAAAAAUUUUCUUUUUAAUAGGUAGUUUUUGAGCUCCCGUCGUGGCUCAGUGGUUAACAAAUCCGACUAGGAACCAUGAGGUUGCGGGUUCGGUCCCUGCCCUUGCUCAGUGGGUUAACGAUCCGGUGUUGCCCUGAGCUGUGGUGUAGGUUCAGACGUGGCUCGGAUCCCAAGUUGCUAUGGCUCUGACAUAGGCCGGCAGCUACAGCUCCAAUUCGACCCCUAGUCUGGGAACCUCCAUAUGCCACGGGAGCGGCCCAAGAAAAUGGCAAAAAGAAAAAAGAAAAAAAGAAAAAAAAGGUAGUUUUGUGUCAGAUGCUAAGGCAAAAAUAAAAUUUUGUUUUUAUAAAUUCUUUCAAUUUCUGAAAUGACAUGGUUUAAGUCACCAGUAUUCUUGACCAUUAUUUGAAGGAAAUGUCAAUUAUACCUCAGUUAAAGAUAUAUUUGAAGGAAUAAUCUUUUCAUCCUUGGACAACUUCACUUCUUUGAGACUCCUCAGUAUUCUCUAUUGUAAAAUGUGGAUAAUAAUAUCUAUCCCAUAGAUUUUGAAGAUUGAUUGAGAAAAUUAUUAAAAAGAGCCUGUUGGUGUCUGACAUAC